GAAGCUUUAGUUUUGUCCUUGGUUUUACCAUUUCUUCUUCUCUUUCAAAGCUCCAAAGCCCUAAGCUUUUAGUCGGACUUAAUACAGUCGGAGACGGCCUCCACCUCAUCGCUCCCCCACAGCCACCGCCCCCAUCGGCACCACCACCACCGCCGCCAUUGAGUUGAUUUGAAUUAUCGGAAGUGAGUCUUUCUCUGCUCCCAGCUGCCAUUGACCACACCGUCCGGACUUCUUUCUUUGAUCGAAAACAUUCUCUUUCAAUUCAGCUCCUUGGCAACCCUCAGGAGUUUUUGCCAUGCACCGUGUAGCGAGUGCAGGGAAUACGUCAAGUUCUGUUCGGCCCCGAAAAGAGAAGAGAUUGACUUAUGUUCUGAAUGAUGCAGAUGACACAAAGCACUGUGCAGGUAUCAAUUGUUUGGCUGUGCUAAAACCUACAGUGCCUGAUGGGCUUGACCACCUCUUCACUGGGAGUCGCGAUGGCACAUUAAAGAAAUGGGAACUGACUGAAGAUGGUGCUACCUGCUCCACUACUUUUGAAUCACAUGUUGAUUGGGUCAAUGAUGCUGUCCUUGUAGGUGGAAACACACUUGUGUCCUGCUCCUCAGAUACAACUGUUAAGGCCUGGAAUUGCUUGUCUGAUGGAACAUGUGUGAGGACCCUUCGUCAGCACACUGACUAUGUCACUUGCCUUGCCGCUGCAGAAAAAAAUAGCAAUAUUGUUGCCUCCGGUGGGUUAGGUGGAGAAGUAUUCAUAUGGGAUCUUGAAACUGCACUUGCUCCACAUUCUAAGUCAAGCGAUGCAACUGAAGAUGACUGUUCAAAUGGAGUCUGUGGGUCGGGAAGUUCCUUGCCAGUUAGUCUUCGACCCAUUAACUCAAGCAAUAGCAUUUCCUUACACACAACUCAGUCUCAAGGAUAUGUUCCUAUUGCUGCCAAAGGCCAUAAAGAGUCAGUUUAUGCAUUGGCCAUGAAUGAAAGUGGAACACUUCUUGUUUCUGGUGGAACUGAGAAGGUUGUGCGUGUUUGGGACCCAAGGACUGGUUCGAAGACCAUGAAACUUAGAGGACACACAGAUAAUAUUAGGACGCUGCUGUUAGAUUCUACUGGCAGAUUUUGCUUAUCAGGAUCUUCUGACUCAAUGAUCAGACUAUGGGAUCUUGGUCAGCAACGAUGUAUCCAUUCCUAUGCUGUACAUACUGAUUCUGUUUGGGCACUUGCCAGCACUCCAACUUUUAGUCAUGUUUACAGUGGCGGAAGAGACCUUUCGUUAUACUUGACUGACUUGGCAACAAGAGAAAGUGUAUUGCUUUGUACAAAGGAACAUCCUAUUUUGCAGUUGGCAUUGCAUGAUGAUGGGAUUUGGGUUGCAACGACAGAUUCUUCUGUACAUAGAUGGCCAGCUGAGGGACGGAAUCCUCAGAAAGUUUUCCAAAGAGGUGGUUCAUUUUUGGCUGGCAACUUGUCAUUUUCAAGGGCAAGGAUUUCAUUAGAGGGUUCAACUCCGGUGCCUGUUUAUAAGGAACCAUCGUUUAGCAUCCUUGGCACUGCAGGAAUAGUGCAGCAUGAGAUUUUGAAUAAUCGUAGACAUGUCCUAACAAAGGAUACUGCUGGUAUGGUGAAAUUAUGGGAAAUCACAAGGGGCGUUGUAAUUGAAAACUAUGGAGAGGUUUCGUUUGAGAAGAAGAAAGAAGAAUUGUUUGAGAUGGUAAGUAUUCCUGCUUGGUUCACUGUAGAUACGAGGCUUGGGAACUUGGCUGUUCAUUUGGAUACACCACAAUGUUUUUCUGCGGAGAUGUAUUCUGCUGACUUGAACAUCAUUGGAAAACCUGAGGAUGACAAGGUUAAUUUAGCCCGGGAAACCCUUAAAGGGCUGUUAGCUCAUUGGUUAACCAAACGAAGGCAACGGUUUGGUUCUCAGGCUUCGGGAAACGUGGAAGUUCAAUCUGGUAAAGAUGUAUCUUCUAGGAGUAUUACCCUAUCAAGAGUUGAGGUUGAUGGAAAUGCUGAAAAUGAUUCAAUGGUUUAUCCGCCAUUUGAAUUUUCAGUAGCUGCACCUCCUUCUAUUAUUACUGAGGGGUCUCUAGGUGGUCCGUGGAGAAAGAAAAUCACAGAUUUAGAUGGAAGUGAAGACGAGAAAGACUUCCCCUGGUGGGUCUUGGAUUGUGUAUUGAAUAAUCGCCUUCCUCCCAGGGAAAAUACCAAAUGUAGUUUUUAUUUACAUCCGUGUGAAGGUUCAACCAUCCAGAUCUUAACACAAGGAAAGCUGAGUGCGCCCCGUAUUUUACGGAUACAUAAGGUUGUCAACUAUGUUGUAGAGAAGAUGGUUCUUGAUAAGCCACUUGAUAAUAUGAACUCAGAUGGAAUGUUUCCUGUGGCUGGAGGGCAGUUGCCGCAUCCAGCUGCUGGAGGAGAUGGUUCUUUCCGAUCAGGGGUGAAACAUUGGCAAAAGCUGAAGCCUUGUAUAGAGAUUUUGUGCAAUAACCAGGUCUUAUCCCCUGACAUGAGCUUGGCCACUGUCCGGACAUAUAUAUGGAAAAAACCUGAAGAUCUAGUGCUAAACUACCGAGUGGUGCAGGGCAGGUGAUGGAAGCCCAUACGUUGAUGGGCAUUUGAGCAAAAAAAAAUGAAAAUUGCAUCUUAUGAAGAGUUGAAGGAAAAGCUACCAAGUUCAAUAAUGUAACUCUGGAGAUCUACCUCUCUGGGAUUGUUAGCAAUUUAGUUAAGGAGGUUGAUGCAAGUCAAGUGACCUGUUCUAUGGGUUUCUGGUGCAUCUAAAGCACAGCUCUUCGGGAAGUGUUUGCCGUAAAUCAUACUUAUUUGUUGCUUGUAUAUUUGGGAAACAAUCAGACACGGCAAAAUUCUGUGAAUCCUUGGUUGUGAUUUCCUAGUUGGAUGGUUGGUAAUUAUAAAUUUGGCGCUGGCAAGCAACUUCAAGCUCUCAGCAGAUUUGGAAACUAUUCUGAGCUCAGCUUCUGUAAAGGCAGAUGAAGUAUCUUUUUUUUUUUUUUUUCUCCUUUCUUUUUUACCCCUCUUCCUUUGAAGAAGAAGAGCAUUAGCUAUUUGGUCCUUUUUUAACCUUAAGAGAAGCUCAGCUGAUGAUUCCGAAAGCUUUGUAGAUUUGGUUGGGAUGGGAUAGUAUUGAUGCAGUAUUUUUCAAUGACCUCACUGUAUGAAGUUGAAAUUUUUGCCUGGUAAUAAAAUGUUUAGCUUCACUUCAAAUUAAACACUAGAAGUGGAUGAUAAAAUCUUUGCCCUGUUU